AUGGUGGCGGGAAUCGCAACCUUGAAGCUUAACCUCUCCGCAUUUUCCUCUUCAAUGUCGAUUUCCACCGCUUCCUUCUCCUCCUCAUCGUUCCCUUCUAUUCUUCCAAUGCGAACCCCUUCUUCUAAGCCCCGAUUUCUCAGGAUUUACGCCUUGACCAGCAACGACAUCAAGGUGGGCACCAACCUCGAAGUCGAUGGUGCUCCUUGGCGUGUGAUGGAAUUUCUCCACGUUAAGCCUGGAAAAGGUGCGGCGUUUGUGAGGACCAAGCUGAAGAAUUAUAUCACGGGGAACACGGUGGAGAAAACAUUCAGAGCUGGAAGCUCGAUUGACCAAGCAGAUGUAUACAAGGAAACAAAGCAGUUCACGUACAAAGAUGGUGCUCAGUUUGUCUUCAUGGAUUUGAGUACAUAUGAGGAGUUUCGGCUGGGUGAAAAGGAAAUUGGAGACAGAACAAAGUGGCUAAAAGAAGGAAUGGACUGCAAUUUGCUGUUAUGGAAUGGAAAAGUUAUUGAUGUUGAACUCCCUAUCACAGUUAAGCUUAGUGUAGUUGAUGUGGAUCCAGGACUUAAGGGUGACACAGCCCAAGGUGGAACAAAACCAGCCACACUCGACACUGGUGCUGUUGUCAAUGUCCCACUCUUUGUAAAUAUCGGUGAUGAAAUAUUAGUUGAUUCAAGAACUGGACAGUACAUGAGCCGUGCUUAA